CCAAUACAUUGGAGCUGAUAUUUUCAAGUUUUAUAUUAUUCGUUUUGUUCGUAUCAAAGAUGAUUUUCCAGUUGUGUAUUUUCUGCCUUUCUGCGGCCAUGUUGGAGAUUCCUUCAGUUGAAGGUGACAAAGGAUGCGGCUUAUCAGCAGAUGUCGUUUUCAUCAUCGAUGCUUCCAGAAGUAUCUGGCCACCCUAUUUUAAAGCACAGCUGAAGUUUGUUGAAGAGAUGGCUUCCUCCUUUGAUAUUGGCACUGACAAGACCAGAAUUGGGGCUGUGACCUUCUCAGAAGGCUACCGGAAUGAAUUUCUCCUCAACUCCUACAGCGACAAAGAUUUGGUAAUUGCAGCCAUCAAAAAUAUUACUUUUACGAAAGGGGAUUACACGGAUACAGGAUUGGGUCUGAGAUAUGCACGAAACACUAUCUUCAACCCUGCAAAUGGCGCUCGACCAAACCUGCCACAAAUUGCCAUCAUCAUCACUGAUGGAGAGUCAACCAAUGGCACCUUGACACUUGUCGAGGCACAGAAAACACGUAACAAGGGUAUUACCAUUUUUGCUAUUGGAGUUGGUGCUGCUGAUUUAGAUGAAUUGAAUGGAAUGGCGAGUAAACCAUCAGAUGAAUUUGUUGUCAAGGUGGAUAAUUAUAGUAAAUUGAAAGGAAUUCAAGAUCGUCUUGCUCUGAAAGCCUGUGAAGCUGCCACAACUCCCAUACCUACCACAACGACAACAACCACCACAACAACAACCCGAGCUCCAACUACGACAACAAAGAAGCCUGAAACAACCACUGAAGAGGAGAUGCAGGGAGAUAAGGACACAGAGAAGGAAUGUAGUGGAAAAAAUUCGGACAUCAUCUUUGUCUUGGAUAAAUCCAGUAGUAUUGACAACAGGGACUUCUCUACACAACUGACCUUUGUCAAUGACGUGAUUUCAUUGUUUGACAUCGGACCAUCCAAAACCCAGAUAGGAGUCUUAACCUUUAGUGAUGUACCCAAGGUUGAAUUUUAUUUGAAUAAAUUCCAAGACAAACAGAGUAUUAUGAAAGCAGUGUCCGAUAUUGAAUACACCGGUGGUAACACUUACACUAACCUCGCUUUGGAAGUUGUCAGAGAACAAAUGCUGUCUCCACAAAAUGGCGCUCGUCCCGAACUGGCUCGGAUCGUCAUUGUCAUUACGGAUGGGAUCAGCCGUCGCCAGAUGGAUACAGCGAGAGAAGCAGCGAGUAUCAAGGCCUCUGGUGUUUACAUGUUUGCUGUUGGUGUUGGAAGUGAUUUGGACAUGGAAGAAUUAAAAAACAUUGGAUCUCGACCAGAAUCCAAUUAUGUUUAUCAAGUAAAUGGAUAUAAUGCCCUCGGAACCAUCAAAAAUCUGUUAGCUUUCAAAACAUGUUCCACAUCCAAAGAACAAAAAGACAUUUUAACUCGCUGUGGUAGUCGGUCACCAGCUGAUGUCAUGUUUGUAACCGACUUUAGCCAGGCCAGUUUCGCCGAAAUGUCGAACAAUCUGGAAGUUAUUGGCAACGUUGCACAGGGACUUGACGUGGGAAGAGAAACCGUACAUGUUGGACUGGAGUCCAGUGAUUGCCCUGAUGUCGGCAGUAUCAAUCCAUUACAGUAUUACAAUGCAAAAGGGUUUGCCAGGGCUAUCACGGUACAAAGUGAUGUCCGGGUGUCCAAAUUAUUAGCCACUGCCCGACAGACCUUGACUGGUCGAUAUGCCAGGAAAAAUUCCAAGAGAGUUAUUGUCCUUUUCACCAGUGGACCAAUCAGCGAUUUCAAAGAAACUGCGCGGGAAUUGCAGCGAGCUUAUCAUCGACUUAAUAACAUCCGGGUUAUCAUGGUAGCUGGUAGCAGCACAGGUGAGAAAGAUAUUUUACAGUUGGUCGCCAAACCAGCAGACCAAUUCCUGGUUCGGUAUAAAGAGUUGGGUCAAGGACAGGGACUAUUAAACAGAAUUUGUAAUCUUCUUCGAUCUCCGGUGUAAUUAUUCUAGAAAACAGAUAAUUUAAUUUAUUAUAUUUUAUUAAAGAGCCCACUAUGUUUGAACUUCUGUAGUAUUCAUGAUGAUUUUUGUAUGAAAUAUAGCAUACCAAUAGUAUUUAUUUAACGUUUUGUAUGAAAUAUUAAAUUCCAAUAGUAUUUAUUUAACGUUUUGUAUGAAAUAUUAAAUUCAAAUUGUAUUUAUUAUAAGUUUUGUAUGAAAUAUGAAAUACCAAUAGUAUUUGUUAUAAGUUUUGUAAAUAAAUUGUAAUAAUCAAU